AUGGCUGAAAAGAACCCUCUUAUUGAGGCCUUGCCGCCUGCUACUGACUACAUCAGCUAUCUAACCAUCAUUGAGUACAACCUCAACCCGGAGUCUUUGCCGACACUUCAUCAAGUACUGCAAGACACCAAGUUAACCACUAACAUCGGUUGGGAUCUUGUUCACCUGCUCGUGCCUCUGCUACCAAAUUCAGACGAGUGCCUCCAGGAUAUCGCGCGUCUGGGAAACCCUCGCGAAGUCAUCCUGAAGGUCACAGAGUCACUGCGCUUGAUCGACUUCCAGGGUCUAGAGCCAGACACUGAUGAUGAUGAACCCAUCGCCGGAGAAGAGACAGCACCGGCUUACCAUCCUGCAAAGACCGCGCCUGUGGGAGAAGAUGGCAGCAAGACUACACAAGCAGUCGAAACGCCUGCGCCUCUGCCCCUCCCUGUGCUGCAGUUCACCAGCUUGUUAUCCAUGCUAUCCAUCUUGCACACUCGCAUAAAGACACAGUAUCCCAGUCGCUUCCUAUCGACAUCACUUCAAGCCAUCCUGGUAUCUUUCAACAACGCAGCAAAACACAAGGAAGAGUUGAUGUCGGCAAUUAUUCAGUUCGUAAAGACCGUCUCUGGAACUAAGCGCCCUAAUCUGCCUCCCCGUAAGAGCAGUACUCAGAUUUUGACUGCAAAGAGUGUUCAAGCAUCGGCACCUGACCCGGAGUCUGAGACUGCUGCCAAGUCGCCAUCCGCAAGCGAGGCUGAUAUUCAGAAGCGCCUAUUCCAAUCAUUCAUCACGCACAUCUUCGAGGACUACAUGCUCACACUAGCUUCGGAUAGCGAUGCCCCUGGUCUGGCCUGGUGCAGCCGCUUGCAGGAGAAGUUACAUCCUGAGCGCACUGUCCCUGGAAAGCCUUCCAUGACGGACAAGUUCAUCUUGGACGAAGAGCUCGCUGGUCGCUUGACUGCUGUUGGUGGCCUUGUCGCUCUUGCCCGCGAUCUCGGCAUGGAACGCAAGGAUCUCCUACCCGCGAUGGAGGGCGCCAAUGCAGGCUCAUCUCUUGUCCCCGACAACGAAGACGAGUUCCCCAAGACCGCGGCUGAUAUCCCUUUGUCAAAGGUGGGCUCGCUGUUCAUGUUUGCCGCUGCAAAUGUGGCUACUGUGCUUUACUCCACACCCAAGCCCAAAGAUGCAUUUAGCAUCUUCCCCGACCAUCAAAAAGUGCUCCACAACUACAUUGCCAGCUCGCCAGACAUGGGCGCAACCAUCGGCACCGAACCCGAAGCUGUGCUAGAUGCCGUGCUCGCUCUUGCCAUCCUCGCCAUCGAAGAAGACAAUGUCGGCGAACCCACAGACAGCGAAGAGUUUAACCAAUACCUGCAAUAUCUCUCUUUGAUGUCUUCAAACUCGCCUUCGCCGAGUAUACGCUACCACGCCUUUUACCUCGCAACCACGAUCUUGCGCUCCAAUCCUUCAGAUGUCGAACGCCUCGCCUUUAUCAAAGACACGCUCGAACACUGCCCCUUUGACAAUCUCAAAGCCGCAGCUGUAAGCUGGAUCAAGGGGGAAACCAUCGAAGCCAACCCACCCACUGGCUCCUCCCAAGCAUCCACACAGCAAAGCUCCGUCUUUGCAACUCCAGUGGCAUUGGACACACUAGCACCCUACCUCUUCCCCGAUCUCACCCACGACCUCACAGCGACCUCCAUCACAGACUCCUUUGUGACAUUCCAACAAAAUCUGCACUUCUACCUCGCAACCCUGAACUUCUACUACUUGCUCUUGUCGGCAAAUCAUCUACACGAGGCAUUGGCGAUUGGGGAUUUGCAUUGCAACAACGAUAUCGCGGGGUCGUUUUUGCAGCCGUUGAGGGAAGCAUCUGCUCGCUUCAAGCAAGCCAAGGCCGCUGGUGAGUUGGAGAGUGUUUGGGAAGAGGCAAGUGAUGGGGAUGAGAAGAUGGCGGAGUUGGGACUAUUGGAUGUGACGUUGGAGAAGGUUACUGCUGGUGUCGCGCGAUUGAAUCAGAACUGA